AUGGGUUUCCUCGGCGUCUACUCGGCUGUGUUUGAUUACCAUCCUCAGGGAGAAGGGGAAUUGGAAAUCCGCGAAGGCGAUUUGCUCUACGUCUUGGAAAAGAGUGCCGAAGACGACUGGUGGAAGGCCAAGAAGAAGGCAGAUCGCGAUGAUGACGACGAACCGGAAGGUCUAGUCCCAAACAACUACGUUGAAGAGGCGCAACCCACAUACAAUGCUAAAGCUCUCUACGACUAUACGAGGCAAACGGACGAAGAGGUUUCCUUUUCCGAAGAUGCCGAACUACUGGUCUACGACACAUCAGAUCCGGACUGGACUUUGGUAGGGGUCAAAUCGGAGUAUGGAUUCGCGCCCUCAAAUUACAUUGAACUCAUCGAGGAGAUUGCACCCCACGGCGGUGCUGCAGCCGCAGCUCCCCCUCCCCCUCCCGCCGAACCAAAGGCGCCAUCUCUUCCGCAGCGACCAACCGCUCCCCCAGAGGAGGAAUAUGAAGCGUCGCCUGCGCCGUCUCCUGUGCACAACCCCGCGGCCGCCGCGAUUGCGGACAUUAUUCAUAAGCAACAUGCGCCUGCCGCCACAUAUUCGGAACCCGCACGCGAGGAUUCCCCGCCUCCCCAGCUUCCUACUCGACCUUCGCAUGACCAGGCCGAUCGCGAAGCACCCGCGCCAAGCCUGCCCCAGCGCCCGCCAUCAGAACAACUGCAAUUGCAUCUCCCCCCCAUGCGAGACAUGCGAGACAACACGCACGUCAAGGAAUCUCCUCCUUACAACCGAGCAGGUGAACUGACACCGAAGUCGCCCUCGGGUUUCAAGAUGUACAAUAUCAAUGAGAUGGUUGAGGUUAUGGGCAAGCGAAAGAAGAUGCCUACAACAAUAGGCAUCAACAUGGUGACGGGAAUUAUCUUCAUUUCCCCCGAGGGCGAUGAUAAUCAGCAAGAGUGGUCAGCCGAAAAGCUGACCCAUUACUCUAUCGAAGGCAAACAUGUCUUUGUUGACCUGGUCCGGCCUAGCAAGAGUAUUGAUUUCCACGCCGGUGCCAAAGAUACCGCUGCUGAGAUCGUGGCCGCGCUUGGUGAAAUUGCUGGAGCCUAUAAGGCUGAGGGUCUUCGAGAAGUCCUUGCUGCCGGAAAGGGAGGCGGUGGCAAGAAGAAGGGUCAGAUCCUAUACGAUUUUAUGGCUCAAGGUGAGGAUGAGGUUACGGUGGCUGUGGGUGACGACGUCGUAGUCAUCGAUGACACCAAAUCCGAGGAAUGGUGGAUGGUGAAAAGACUGAAGAAUGGAAAGGAGGGCGUGGUUCCCAGCAGCUACGUUGAAGUGACCGGAUUCGUGACCGAAGAUACCCCUGUUCUGGUAGACUCGUCAGGCCUGUCUUCUGUGGAAAAGAACCGCCUGGAGGAGUCUCGGUUGGUCAAGGCAGUGAUGGGCAAAACAAGAACCGACUCUAUGGACUCAUCCGAGAAGCAGCAUCGCAAGCGUGACAGCAAAUCCAGCCACAAGUCAAAGCCUGAUUCAAACAAAGUGCGAAAAUGGACGGACCGGACUAAAGCCUUUACCGUUGAAGCGCAGUUUAUUGGUCUCCAGGAUGGAAAGAUUCAUCUCCAUAAGACCAAUGGAAUCAAGAUUGCAGUUCCAGUCGCCAAGAUGUCCGUUGAGGAUCUGGAGUAUGUGGAGAAGGCUGCUGGUGUCUCUCUGGAUGAGGACAAGCCCUUGUCCAGUAUUCGGGCUCGAGCCUCCUCCGAUCCCAAGGGCGCCGCGGGUGCCUCUGUGCAACGGCCCGAAUAUGACUGGUUCGACUUCUUCCUGAAGUCCGGCGUUGGCCCACACCAGUGUGAACGUUAUGCGCAGAAUUUCCUCAAGGAUUCGAUGGAUGAAUCGGUUCUGCCCGAUAUCAGUCCCGAGACCCUUCGCUCUUUGGGAUUGAAGGAAGGUGAUAUUUUGCGGGUUAUGCGUCACCUAGACGCCACGCUCGGACGCACUGGUUCCAAAUCCUCCAAGCUUCGCAAUGUCAGCUUCGGUGGUGAGGAGGUCAUUGGCAAUGGUGAUGAAGGCGGUCUUUUUGCUGGCCCUGGUGGCAUGCUGCGUAACAACACUCGCAAAGGACGUCCAGCCCCCACUCUACAGGCCGGUGAUGUCGUGGACCCCAAGGCGUUUGAGCAAGCAGAUGAUUCCAAGCCAAAGGAGAAAGAGCGCGCUGCCAGUCCCCCAACUCCCGUGGCUCCCUCAGCUCCGGAGAAGCCCGUUCAACGUGGAUUUGACGAUGAUGCCUGGGAAGUGAAACAGCCCAAGCAACCCACAACAUCGGCUCCUACUGCCCAGGCCACCGGCACGGCAUCCCCAGCUCCAGCCCAGCCGCAGGUCACUGGAGCGAUGGCGGACUUGACUUUACUCCAAGCUCCUCUACAGCCUACGCCCGCACCCGCACCCAUACCAACUGUUUCCAUCCCUGCUAUUCAGCCCCAGCAAACUGCCGUGCAGACCCCACCUCCACAGCAGCCACAAGCAACAGGUGCUACCCCCGACUUAUUUGCUCAGGUCGCACAACUUGGACAACAGGCUAGAGCGCGCCCACACGCUCCUCAGAAUAUGAACCAGAGCUCGCUUCUUCCUCCCCCCUCCCCAACGCCCGCUGCUGGUCAACCACUUGGUCCCCCUGGUCAGAAUUACCAACCCCAGAUGCCCCAGCCUACGGGCUUCAUGGGCCAGGGUCAGUUCCAGAAUGGAUUGAUGCCCCAGCCAACCGGAUUCACCCCCCAAUCCCAAUUCGGAAUCCAGCAGCAGCAGCAGCAGCAGCAGCAGCAGCCCUACGGCAAUGGCCAGCCUGGCUUCCAAGGUGUCGCACCUCAGCCCACAGGCUUCGGUGGAUAUGCGCAACCCCAGCAGCCUAUGCAGACCGGCAUCAACUCGAUGCUCCCCCCUGCUCUGCAGCCUCAGCCAACUGGCAUGAACGGGUUCGGCAAUGCCAAUAACUAUAACCAACCCCCACCUCCAGUGCCACCCAUCCCUCAGCAACCAACAGCGGCGCCUCUGACGGCUCAGAAGACCGGACCUCCCCCUUCAAUCAGGUUCGGUGUGAAGCCGGAUGCACCUCCCAAGCUUGCUCCUCAGCCAACAGGACUCAGGGCGAACCUGUCGCAAGCCACACCCAACAACCCCUUCGGCUUCUAA